GUGUUAAAAACGUUAAAAUGAUGACUCAAUACAGCCUUGCAGUCAAUCGGCGUGAAGUUUUCUUAUCGAAUUUUUUUGUAAUAUAUUUUAGGUUUAUUCGAAGCGAAUCAUGUGAUGACAACACUAUGACUCACUAGAGGGGUAUCAUUGUUCAAAAAGUGAGCUAUAAUAUUACUGUAACCGAUGCCGCUUUAAAACGGCUAGAAACCUUAUAAUAGUUCAACGACCAUGGACGAACACACGCCUUUGAUUAUAAGCAACGAAUAUACUGAAAUUUAUCGUAGGUUACCUUUUAAAUUACAAGUAGCUUAUGGUAUAGGACAUGUUUUAAACGAUGUUUGUGCGUCUAUGUGGUUUACCUAUCUUUUGGUAUUUUUUAAUUUGGUACUGAAAUUCACCAGCGCACAAGCUGGUCUAAUACUUUUAGUCGGACAAGUUGCUGAUGCUAUUGCCACCCCUUUUGUUGGAUAUCAUUCAGAUCAACCGGAUAAUUUUUGGUUUUGUUGUUGUGGAAGAAGGAAAGCUUGGCAUUUUUUUGGUACUAUUUGCGUUAUUGCAACAUUUCCAUUCAUAUUCCUUCCAUGUUUAAAUUGUGAACACAGUUCUACAGAAGCUCAACUAUUUUAUUAUAGCCUCUUUGUUAUUAUUUUUCAAUUUGGAUGGGCUGCCGUACAAAUUUCUCAUUUAUCUUUGAUACCCGAAUUAACUCCCAAUGAACAUGACCGUACUAAACUCACCGCCGUGCGAUAUGGGUUUACCGUCUUUUCAAAUGUCUUAGUAUAUUUAAUUACAUGGUAUUAUUUGCAUAUUGGAACGGGAAGUAACUCUCAAAUAGGUCCUGAUGAUGCCCCAAAAUUUCAAAAUGUUGUUAUUUAUGGGAUGGGAGUUGGAAUUACUUGUUCCAUACUUUUCCACAUUUUUGUUAAAGAAGAAAAUGGGUAUACGGGUAAUAACGUCCGAGGUGGGGUUCCAAGAUCAAGUAUUUCUGAUCUUUUGUGUUCCAUGAAAUUAUAUCAGGUUGCCGUGGUAUAUAUGUCAACCCGAUUAUUCGUGAAUUUAAGCCAAAUUUUUAUCCCGCUGUAUCUCCACGAAUCUUUAAACAUGGCAGCGAGUGCUUUAGCUUUGAUACCGUUAAUAAUGUUUAUCGGAAGCUUUCUAACAACUUUUAUCAUCGAGUUUAUGAAUCGCACAAUAGGACGAAGAAUCUCUUAUAUUUCCGGUGGAAUUAUCGGAAUCGUCGGAUGUGCUAUGGUUAGAUUUCGAUACGGAGAAGAUUUUAUUAAUUAUGAUAUCUACGUUGUUGCUAUUUUAUUUGGUGCGGCAAAUUCAAUAAUUUUAGUAACAAGUUUAGGAAUAACCGUAGAUUUAAUCGGUGAUAAAAGCGGAAGUGUGGCUUUCGUUUAUGGCGUGAUGAGUUUUUGCGAUAAAUUAGCCAAUGGAAUAGCUGUGGUAAUAAUUCAAGACUUUCAUACGGACGCAUCGUCUUCUCAAUAUUACCGUGAUAUAGUCUCGUAUGUUUGUGGUGGUUCGGCUUUGUUGGGAAUAUUGGGCGUGUUAUCGUUGAAACGGAUGAGAGAAAGCAUUGCGCAAAAUGUUCCUAAUUAUAACAGCAUAAACGCCGAGGCUAAUAACUCGACGAGUUCGUCAUGACAAAUUCCGUCUUCCCAACUUCGUCUUCCUGUCGACGAAGCAUAGUAAAAAUUUAUUUUUUUAACCCGGGUGAUAUUAUUACUUAUCAACGAAUAUAUUAAAGAAAUUAAGGAGUAUUUUUGUAUUAUGUUUUCUUUCAAUUAGUUGUUGAUUUUAGGGAAUUUGUUUGAGAUGAUAGUGUUGAUUUUUUAUGAUGUAUAUUAAUGUUUUAUUAAAAAAAUUAAAUAAAUGUUUGAUUUUUA